GUUGGCAUCACCUCUUUCAUGAGUUUGAAGAAGGACUGAUUGCCAAAGGUGUGUGGUUCAUGGUGGGACGUCAAGAAAUCCUGUCUACUACUGGUAGAUGCAUGUCCGAAUGACGAAGGAGAGACGGAUAAGACGAGUGUAUGGGUCAGGUGAAAGCAGAAAAGCAUCACUCUGACUCACUGAAGAUAGCCUUAUUUGUGUGGAUAUUAGUAAAGAAUCAGUGCCAGGAUUAAUGUCAUGAGUAGGGCCAAGAGCGCUUGGGCCACGGUUGACGCCCCGUUAGUGUAUUAUUUCUCGACUUGUGGAUUGGAUGGUAGUCGAGAGUUCACACCUGUGAACCCCAGCUCUGGGACUCACAAGCCUGACGAUCAACUAACGCCACUUCAGUGUCAUUAUGAAGCUGGCUCUCUGUGUCACUUUCCCGAAACACGCGAUAGUCUGCCAUACGAUGGCUGCGCCAUUUCCAGGCUUGCUAUGCCAAUCGGUGUCAAGUUUUACACGAAGGCAUCCCUUCCCGCACAUCCCUCCUCUCAUUGUUUCUUGAUGACUCAAGAAGAUGGCCGCCAGCUGUACGGCACGGCCAUCAAGUUCUACCACAUUGUCAAGGAUCCGGCUCUGCUGCAAGCCGUCAAGUCCAUGCAGGACAUCUGGGGAUUUACAAACGAGGUGAACACAUCAUCAGUGGAGAACGGUGCCUGGUGGCAAGUGGACGAGGAUCUGUACAUCUCCAAAUCCAUCGUGCUGCUUCUCAACGGGUCCUAUCCGCAUUUCGGAAUGGACUUUCUGACGCAGAUGCUCGUUGCCUCACAGCAGACUAACGGCACCCAGCUCGUCGAGAGUCACAUUCACCAUCUGCUCGACCUGAAGCAGGUGCAGCCGGGAUACGCGGUCACUCUGCAGGGGCCCAUCGCACCCAUGCACUGCAUUCGAUCUCACGAAUCUGGGAUCCCACUGCUCAACUUCCACCUGCAGCGCGUGAUGAGCAUCUUCUCAUUGGCCGACCUUCUGAGCAUUGUGGCACUAUUACUGCUGGAGAAUCAGCUUCUUCUCGUGUCGGAGGACCUGAGCUCUCUGACGGAGGUGUCCGAGUGUCUUGGCGCACUGAUCAAUCCGUUUGAGUGGCAGCAUGUUCUGGCACCAAUUCUCCCUGGCCAGCAGAUGGACCUGCUGGACGCACCCGUACCAUUCAUCAUGGGCCUGCUCAUGUCGGCGGACGUGGCAACGCGCUCUGAUCUGGACUUGCCGGAUGAUGUCACUCUGAUCAAUAUCGACACGGGUACGAUAGACGUGCCGAAGCAAAAGGCGGUCAGCUUGCCGGAGAACCGCGCACUGCACAUGUGGCUGUCCAAGGCCAUGCAGGAUUGUCCGCUGUCGGCGCCGGGUUCGCCCGGUGGGAGCAGACGCCCACGCUGGAAGGAGCCCCGGGCUUACAUGACCAGCGGCCUGAUCUCGCCAGUGUGCGACAACACCGAGCUGUUCGACAAUCGCAUGACCGUGCAGUUCUACGCCACCGCCAUGCCGACGCCGCAGGUUACUUGCGAAAUUCUACACGAGUUUGGUGUGAUUUCCGUCAACCAGGGCAUCUCCACCAAGGAGCAGCGCACCCAGCUCGUCGAGAGUCACAUUCACCAUCUGCUCGACCUGAAGCAGGUGCAGCCGGGAUACGCGGUCACUCUGCAGGGGCCCAUCGCACCCAUGCACUGCAUUCGAUCUCACGAAUCUGGGAUCCCACUGCUCAACUUCCACCUGCAGCGCGUGAUGAGCAUCUUCUCAUUGGCCGACCUUCUGAGCAUUGUGGCACUAUUACUGCUGGAGAAUCAGCUUCUUCUCGUGUCGGAGGACCUGAGCUCUCUGACGGAGGUGUCCGAGUGUCUUGGCGCACUGAUCAAUCCGUUUGAGUGGCAGCAUGUUCUGGCACCAAUUCUCCCUGGCCAGCAGAUGGACCUGCUGGACGCACCCGUACCAUUCAUCAUGGGCCUGCUCAUGUCGGCGGACGUGGCAACGCGCUCUGAUCUGGACUUGCCGGAUGAUGUCACUCUGAUCAAUAUCGACACGGGUACGAUAGACGUGCCGAAGCAAAAGGCGGUCAGCUUGCCGGAGAACCGCGCACUGCACAUGUGGCUGUCCAAGGCCAUGCAGGAUUGUCCGCUGUCGGCGCCGGGUUCGCCCGGUGGGAGCAGACGCCCACGCUGGAAGGAGCCCCGGGCUUACAUGACCAGCGGCCUGAUCUCGCCAGUGUGCGACAACACCGAGCUGUUCGACAAUCGCAUGACCGUGCAGUUCUACGCCACCGCCAUGCCGACGCCGCAGGUUACUUGCGAAAUUCUACACGAGUUUGGUGUGAUUUCCGUCAACCAGGGCAUCUCCACCAAGGAGCAGCGUAUCCUGGAAGAGCGCUGUGGUUCGGAGAGCAGUAACAACAGUGAUCCCGGCGAUAGCAGCGACGGCGUGGUUGUAGCGAUAUCGGUCAAUGCCGUUGGCUUGCAAGACCAAGGCCUAAGACCAGAUAUCAAAGUACAUAUGAUUGAGGCACAGUAUGAACAUGAAAAUGAAUUGAAGUUCAAUGUCCAGGUACAGGCUUGCUUUUUCAAGUAUUUUCAAACAAUUCUCCGGGACUAUCAGAUCUACAUGGUGGAUUGCGAGCAAGCGGAGUUGAGUAACGAUGUCACGUUUGACACGGUGGCGUUUUUAUCGGACCAGGCAGCUUCUGACCACAGCUUUUUUAGUCAGUUUGCCAACACGCAAACCUUCUCAGUCUUCACCGAGAUGAAGGCAUUGGAAAAGUUUGCACCUCUACCGCCGUAUCGUGCCUACUUUGAUGAGUGUUUGAACGCGAACCAGCGCUCACGGACACGCAACAACACUGGCUCGGUGAGCUUGUCACUGCGUAAGGUAGUCAGCCAGCUCAUCAGCAGUAACAACCAGCGGCCAUCUGUUGAGAGCUCGCCGAUGCAGCGAUUGUCCUUGGGCAAUUCUCGCGGAGUCACCUCCACCGUUUCAGAGCCGACCCAUUCGCAGGAGUCCUCACCCACGCCUGUGCAGCGUGACCACUUGAUGCUGAAGCGCGAUUCUGUUCUGGCAUUCAUGCAAACCUCCAAGUCGGUCCUGAACGCGUCAUCAGGUGCCGGCCAUGGUCAGUCGAGAGCCAAGUCCUCCACCGGCCCUAUGUCGCACGAAGUAGUUACACGGCGUAUUCUGCAGGAAACCAAGUCCAAGGUACGGCGGUUAGUGCUCGCCAAGAUGGGACGUGAAGGCUUCAUGCUGAGCAUCGGGUUCAACGACUGCCAGUCAGUGAUGAGCCAAGAGGAACAGACCGGCAUAAUUAGCCUGUGCGACAUGCUGGAGCGCGUCUGGACGCACGGUGUCAAGCAGAAAAAGCAUGGGCAAAGGUCAGCGCUCUGGAUAAGUCUUUGUCAUUACAUGAAGAAGCAUGGCCACAGCCCUGCAGACCCAGGCCUAAGUCUGAUCAGAGCCAAGAUACCGGCAAAACACCUCAUGAGCGACACGUCGGGUGCCUCCUCCAGUGGAAUGCGGCAUUUCUCGUACAACUCCAGAAAAUCUGUCACUGGAACUCCCAAAAGUGGUGCUACUGUGAUGAGGUCGUCGUCGAUGAUAUCAUCAAAACGGAUCCAGCAGAAGCUACUUGAACAGGAAGCGUCGCCGGGCGAGUUAGCAGUCCGGGCGUUCUGUGUCGGUAGAAGGCGGUCAUUUCACGUGCAGUUGAUAGACGAUAUCAGACGUGUCAUGCGUAUGCCGGAGAUCAAGAGCGACAAUGGCUGUGCUCGGGCGUUCAUCAGGUUGGCUCUAGAGAAAAAAAUGCUCGCCAGCUAUCUGGAGAAGCUAGUCGACGAUAUGGUGUAUCUUGUGGAGACCUAUCGGGACUAUGCGUUUCUACGGCAAGAGGACAUGGCCGAGCAGCUAAUUGGUCAUCUGCUGAUUCUGACUACUGUCAACUUGUCAUCGUUCAGUAACUGCUAUCACUCGGCCACCAUGGUGUACACCGUGGUGGUGAUUCCAAAGCAAGGCUUAUCACCAGCGCUACAAAUGCGGCUGUUCGGCUCCAAUGGUGAAGUGAACAUGUUUGAGAUUCCUGCUUCCACGUCUUACUUCCAGGUCCAGAACACAAACAUUGGAUGCGUGGAAGCAGCUCUUGUGUCUUCUGUUGAUAAACUGCCAGUAGUGACGAGAAUAGUCGACAUGUUUGUGCUAUGUGACCGUACGGAGGUUUGCUUCAGGUUUGACGUCAGGCGCUGGGCAGCGGUAGAGGAUUCCAGCUCCAGUAUGGUGUUCUGCGCUCACGAAGUUUCCGGUGACGUUCUCAGCAAUGCCAUUCAUUGUGACCGGAGCCCCAGUGAGAGCAUGAUAGGGUCUUCGUCGCGCACAAGUGUGGCUGGCAGCCCUCAGGAGGACGAUGAAGUCAAGGGUAACGGCCUCUCAAUGCAUGUGUCGGCAGUGGAGAACAUUGCGGAGUCCAUCAACUUGCUGGCCAAGUACGUGGACGGUAUGCAGACGGAGACACAGCACAGUCUUGUGCAGCUCAUCUGGGGUCAGCAGGGUCUGUGCUCACGGCUUGUGGAGGCUUUGUCAUACGGUCUAAAGGCUAAGAGAAUGUUACGUGCAGAUCGCUGCUUGUGGGACUAUUUUGACUUGGUGCGGGCCUGCACGUUAUCCGCCAAAGGACAAAAUCAACAGGCCUGGCACAACUUCUGUGCUACAUUCAAGCUGAUUGAUGAAUGUGAAACGUUCGGCAAGCACGUGAAGUCACAGAUCCUCAUCUGCGAAGGUCUACGACUCAACGCCUUGCAGGCUUGGCUGGAAAUUUUCCACAAGUCACCGGUAAUGUCCAAGAUGUACGUCAACAAUGCACCGCUGCGUUCCAUGGAGGUGUGCCAGGACUUGAUGCGCUUGAUGCAAUGGUGCUCUGGAAUCACAUUGGUCAUUCCUCUACCGGUCGAAACUCUCAUCGAAGAUAGCAUUCGCCCGUAGUCCGUGCCACACAGUUCCCUCAGCUAUGGGAGUCAUUGACUUUGCUGCACAUCAGACCCUCUCUUCUCCCCGUCUUGCUGAGUUUGUCUGUGUACAGUGGUCAUCACACUUCCCCUGUGCUAGCUGGCACCCUUGGCGUUUGCUCCACUGGCCCAUAUGUACUAUAUGGCGUACAUCAAGCAAGAUUGCAACCGGGCUCAUCCUGCUGCACACAGCCCUUGAAAGUAUGCUACUACUGCUGCUGCUGCUGCUGCGAUGUCGAACUCAUGAAAGGCUAUUGCUGCUGCGAUGUGGUGGACCUCAUGACAUGUGGCCAUAGCUUGCUGGAUGAGCAGCCACAAGUCAUGUGCACGUACUUGAUAUCCUCUGGAGGGCAUGUACUAUUUGCACAGAUCUGCAAAGCACACCACCUCAACACCCAAGUGCACAUGGAAAGAAUCUCGAGGAACACAUUUGCAUUGUAUGAACUGCAGCCAUCCCACACUGCGACGCUAUUCAAAUUUACCAAUUCUCAAUUGGCAUGGGGUUUUCCCAGGACCGGCUCAACUACUUUGCUAUUUGCAUUGUCGCUGCCUGGCAGCAAAGUAUAAUUAUCUGCUCAGUCGGUGUGGCACGCUGAUUCUGCAAAUUUUAUUUAUCCAGCUCAUUCUUAUGUUGUUUGCAAUCUUCCACAUUACUCACCACACACACACAGUCCGAUCUACCACCAUCAAGGGGGUGGUGGCGGUAACCCUCCUUUCAGCCCGGCCCUUCUCUGAAGACUCCAGGCUAUUGGUGGUAUCGCCGACCAGCUUUCUGCCGCACUUGUCAUUCUUAUAUUUUACUCAAUUUUCCCCUUCGGUCUGCUCAUCAUUAACCCCUUCAGUUCGUCAGUGGCAGACUACGGGUUUUGUUAGUUGUCUGUCCAUUGUGUCAGUAUUUCUUUCCCAACUUGACAUCAUAAAAAUUAUAGCUAUUCGCGGGUAGAUCCGGAUCACCCAGGAUUUUUCAUCAAUGUGAAUGACUUGAUUUUUUAUUCAUUUUCAAAGCCUCAUUCGUUUCUUUUCGGUUGACUUUCACAAUUUUUGGCACUUUUAGUAACCUAUCAGUCCUGGCGGCCAUGCGCCAGCCAGCACUGGCAAGUUGAUUGCUGGAAAAUGUGAACAGAUCAGUUCGCCCUCAA